CGAGGCAUGCUUUAAUCCCAGACAUGCAUGCACAUACACAACCGACAACAGAAGACAAAAAGACUAGAAGAAAGAAAAUGGCGUCGUUAAGCGGCGACGAGAAUGAAAUUAUCGCUGCUGAGCCAGUCAGGCGAACCAGGUCGGGCCGUGCUGUGACCAAUUUAAUCGUUGCCAAGAAAUCACCGGUCAAAAAAUUACUCGCCAGAGCGACUCGCUCCCACAAGAAAGUCCGCGAGGGCGAGGAUUACCUGCAAACGGAACCCGAGGAGGAGACUUAUCUUGGCGAGGAGAAUUUGGAAGAAACAGAGGAUGCCUCGGAGAAUGGUCUGUUGCAACAGACGCUGGACAGUUCCGUCGGCGAGCAAACUGUCGAGGAAGAAGGUACGACCUUUCACCUCGAACUUGAAGACUCGCAGGAUAUCGUUCUGGUUCAAGACACGGAUAUCUUACAUCAGGAUCAAAAUCCAGACACGGAAAUCAGAAUCGUGUACAGAGACAGAGAAGUUGAGGAGGAAGUCCCUGAGCUUGAGGCUCCGCCCCCACCCCUCGUCACCAAAGUCACACCCUCAGGCUCCAUUGUUUCCACGCUGAAAGUAAAGGAAACUAUUCAGCUUAUAGACACGGAAAUGUCAGAGAACAGCAUGGAGCCGGUAGAGCUCGAUGCUGAGGAAGAGGUGGAGUCCGAAGAAGUGAUAGAGACCAUCGUAGAAGAACAUGACGAGGUGAUGGAAGACUUCCACCAUGUCCUUAAUCAAGAUGAAGAGGUGGAGGAGAUCGUAGAGAUGGAGCCACAGGAAAAUGGGACACAAAAUUCGUUUGUGCAUGAAACUCUGACGGACUUUCAAAUGGAUGCUGAAUCCUUGGAAACCCCGUCCGCUGAUCAGAGCAUGCUCACUACAGAUAGCAUGGAGGCUGAUACUAAAAGGCCAGAAAGCUCGGAUGAAAAUCCGGAUGAAAAAGCUGAACCUGAUACAGAGGCCGUUUCCGAAGAUGAACUUCCUACAGAAGCUGCAAAGGAACCCGAAACAGAGGCAGUUUCAGACGAAGAGUUGCCUGCCGCAGCGCCUGCCGAUCUUGGAGAGACGGAAUCUGUUUCUGAGGAUGAACUGCCACCGGACAGUGACAAGAAAAAGAAAGCUGGAGCCAAAGCUCUGAGCAAAGCUGCAGCGGAGAGUGCCAAGGCAAAGCCUGAAGGUGGCGCAGGUAAACGUAAAUUAAACGCCGAAGGUGAGUACGACCCGAGUUCUCCGACGUCUGAAAACAAUGAUGAAACACCAGCCAAGAAAGUCGCAAUUACCUCAGGAGUUGAGGGGGCGGAAAACAAGCCGGAGGCGAAGCCAGCAUCUCCGAAGAAAAAGGCACUCCCAGAACUUGACAAGUAUUGGAAAGCCGUAAACGAAGAUCCCUCUGAUUUCACCGGUUGGACUUAUCUCCUUCAAUACGUCGACCAGGAGAAUGACGCAGAGGCGGCACGGGAGGCGUACACGAAAUUCUUGGAACGUUAUCCAUACUGUUACGGAUACUGGAGGAAAUUUGCGGAUUACGAAAAGAAGAAGGGGAACCCGGAGAAUUGUCAAACGGUUUUUGACCAAGGAUUGAAAGCGAUAUCGCUCAGCGUCGAUCUAUGGCUGCACUACAUCAAUCAUUGCAAAACCGUCUAUGAAAACGACGAAGAAAAACUUCGGGAACAAUAUGAGAGAGCCAUAGAGGCCUGCGGACUGGAAUUCAGAUCUGAUCGUCUCUGGGAGAGUUACAUCAAAUGGGAGUUGGAGGCGAAGCGUCUGAGUCGAGUGACCGCUCUGUACGAUCGCCUGCUGUCAACGCCGACGUUGUGCUACUUGUCACACUUUGAGGCCUUUCAGGAAUUCGUCUCGUCGAAUCUUCCCAACAAAAUCUUGAACGUCGACGACUUUCUUACCCUGCGUGCCGAGGUCAAGGCUCUUCUCAAAUCGGACGAAUCUGCCACCGUGACGGCUUCAGUAGCGGAUGACGCACCGCCCGGAGAAGAACCACCGCCACACGAGGUCCCUCCGACCGACGAGGAGACUCGGGCCAUCAGAGAGAAAAUUAUUAGCACCAGGCGAAAAAUGCACAAGGCCAACGUCAACGCUGUCGCUGCAAGAUGGUCGUACGAGGAAGGGAUCAAGAGACCUUACUUCCACGUUAAGCCCCUCGAGCGUUGUCAACUGAAGAACUGGAAGGAGUAUCUAGACUUUGAGAUCGAGCAAAAAGACCCGGCUAGAAUUAUUAUACUUUUCGAGCGCUGUCUGAUCGCCUGCGCUCUGUAUGAUGAAUUCUGGAUGCGAUUUGUACGUUAUUUGGAGACUCAGAAGAGUGAAAACGCCGAGAAGAUAAGAGACGUGUAUUCCCGCGCGUGCAUCGUUCAUCACCCGAAAAAACCUAAUUUGCAUUUACAAUGGGCGACCUUUGAGGAGGGUCAGGGAAACUUCGAAAAGGCAUCCGAAAUACUGGAGAAAAUUGACGCGGCACUGCCUAAUAUGCUGCAGAUCGCUUAUCGUCGUGUAAAUCUCGAGCGCCGAAGAGGGGAUUUGGACAAGGCUUGUGCCCUGUACGAGAAUUACAUCAGUAACAGCAAAAACCGUACGAUAGCGAACAACGUGGCUGUCAAAUACGCGAGGUUUUUGUGCAAGGUCAAAAACGACAUCGAUAAAGCCGUGAAAGUACUCCUCAAGGCGACCGACAAGGACAAAGACAACCCGCGACUUUAUCUACAACUGAUCGACCUUGGUCUGCAGAGGAGCCCGGUCGACACCUUGGAGGUAGUUGGGUACAUGGACAUGUUUAUAGAGCGCGAGCAUGCCGACCUUGAGCAACGGGUGUUGUUUGCACAAAGAAAGGUCGAGUUCCUCGAAGACUUCAGCCCGGACAUACGCCAGGUACUUAAGGCGCACGAGCAGUUCCAGAAGUGCAUAAAACAAGCCAAAGAAAGAAAGAAGGCGAAGAACGAGGACAGCAAGAGCGAGACGUCACCGCCAAAGAAAGUCAAGCCGGGCGAACAAUCCAGCAUUCCACCACCGCCUUCGGUCGGCUCGCAGUCUUCUUACCAGUACGGAAGCGGACCGAGCGGCCCGUAUCAGUCCCAGCAGCCCUUCCAGGGUGGACAGUACAGCGGGCAGGGUAGUUACCAGCAAGGAUAUCAGCAGUACCCGCCGCCCUCGGAUCCGAAUUACGCGAAUUACCAAAACUGGCAGUACGGUCAAGGCGGACCUCAGGCAUACGGCCCCUACAAUCAGUGGGGAUCGUACAAUUACUAUUAAGCAGAGGUGCGAAAGAGGUGAUCUUUGUACAUUCUUUUCAAUAGUCUAGCUGCUGCUGAUGGUGGUGAUCAACGCGCGUUGCGAGUCUCGUUCAAGGGGCUAAUUCCUUCUGAAAUCAUUUUUUUUUUUUUUUUGUAUUCUAAUGUUAAAAUUAUUGAAAAUUAAUUUUUAUUUUAGUCAAAAGUGAGCGAAACCAAUCACGUCUCUAGAACCAAAAUUGUCGUCGUACGUAUGCAGUGUACAUACAUACUUUUGAUUGGAUUGAACUAGAGAUAUGAUUGUGUGAGAAAAUAAUUAACCAUUGAUUCCUUUUCUCGCCAAAGGGAAAAGAGCUUUUCUUUUCUAAAGAAAGUUUUUAAAAAAUUAUUCACACGCCGAUAAUGCGUACUGCGCGUCAUUCGCCCCUUGAACUAAUCUGUCGGUGUGCUAAUAUUGUUUCCAACCACUCUAGACCCACGGACACUUACACACGCAUAUUCAAUCACACGCAAUCUUCACUACUAUUGAACCGCGAACGCGAUAAGUAAAACUAAGAAAACAGGUUCUCAUGUUAUAUUAUUAUGUAUAAGGUAAGAGAUACGACAAGGCAUAGGACAAAAGAAAAAAAAGCAAAUGAGAAACGAAAUACAAAAAUCCACAUUUGACAUGCACGCUCGUUUAUUGUUAGAUCACAGUGGGGUUUUCCUUCCACAUUGAAACGUGUUUCAUCAUACUACUCUUAUGACCUUAAAAUAAGUGAGUCUGAAUAAUAAUUUGAAAAACCAAAAACAA